AUGCAAAACUGCUUGCUGACCGUGACGCUCCUUCCGUUCACUCAUCAGGGCUAAAGCAGGAGCAGCUGGAAAGAAGAAGAAGUGGAGCAAGGGUCAGUGAAUAGCACUUUGGUCUCACAUCCUCCUGCACUGGUACUGACCACGGUCCUCUCCUCUAACGGCUUUCAGGAAAGGUCAAGGACAAGGCCAACAACGCGGUCGUCUGCGACAAGGCCACCUUUGACCGCAUCAUGAAGGAGGUCCCGACCUACAAGCUCAUUUCGCAAUCUGUCCUCAUCGACCGAAUGAAGAUCAACGGCUCGCUCGCCCGCGUCGCGAUCCGUCACUUGGAGAAGGAAGGCCUCAUCAAGCCCGUCGUUCACCACACCUCCCAGGUCAGUCAGCGCACCGUCUCCUCCGCCUCCCUGGCUCACUUGUAGAGACUGACUGUCCCCCUUGCGCAUCCCACAGCUCGUCUACACCCGUGCUAUCGCCGCCGAGGCCGAAUAA